UUGUGUACACUGUGUGUGUGUGUGUGGGAGAGGGGGAUACAGGCGGCUCCUAUGUGUGACCGGCCGCUGCUGGCAGUGUGUGUGUGUGUGCCGGCGCCUCCUCCCCUCGGCGGGGUGUAAGUUUAGCUAUAUUGGGGUCACCAGUGGUACACCCCCCCGGAGUGUAUCAUAUACUGCUCCGAGUUGUCACACGUGAGAUGCUACUGCUGCUGCUGUGAUCCGCAGCCGGUGUGUGGGAUGCUGGGAAGCGGCGUGUUGGGGGCAGCUGUCACCCUGACUCUAACCGGGGCCAAGGACUCCUUCCUGCGCCUGACUCCCGAGCUCCGGGCCCUGCUGCACCUGGAUCAGGCACACGCAGUGGAGCUGUCAUGGGGAGAGCAGCCGAUAUAUCUUGGUUGGAUGGAGACUCGAGGCAGGAGCAGCUCAGAUUAUACUAUUGUGGAGCUGAACAGGCAGCUGGGAGAGAAACUAGGCCUUGGUGAUGGGCAGCAGGUGUUCCUCAAGCCGUGCUGUAAUGUCACAUCUUGUCAGGAAGUCACAGUUGAGCCUAUGUCGGCCGAUGACUGGGAAAUACUGGAACUGCAUGCCUCAGCCCUUGAAACUCACCUUCUCGAUCAGAUCCGAAUAGUAUAUCCCAAGGCUGUUUUCCCGGUUUGGGUUGAUCUGCACACAUGUGUUUACAUUCAAAUAGGAGCGCUGACACCCGCUGCAAGUUACGGCAGACUGGAGCCCCUGACAGAGUUAAUUGUGUCUCCAAAAAUCAGGGAGUCUGAAAACAUUCCAUCACGUUUGUCACCAUUAGCAUCUGAUGAAUGGCGUGGACGGUCUAAUAGUGGGACUCAGGAUAACACAGACAGUAGAACCAUGAGUAGCCGAGAUUCCUCUGCACCUGAAGCAGAAAGUGACGGCACUGAUGGCUUACCUUACGUUUCAGGUAUAUGGGACACAUUAGGGAAUCUCUUUUCACUCGCUGUAGGAAGGAAACCCUCACAGACUUCUAGAGCCAUUGAACAGGAUCUAUUUGGGAGGACUUCCCUGAGGAGGAUUAACCUAGAGGCCGUUUUCAGAGUAUCCCAUCAAGUGCCUCCUAUUAUAGGAAGCAGCCCGGCAUUUGCUGAACAUGUUAAUGAUAACACUGUCCAAGUGUUUUUAUGGUACCCUGAACCCCCAGGAUUAAUUCCAGAUGUCAUAGAGUCUUUUGGAAAAAUUGUAGAAAUCCCAUCUCCAAGGAGGCGGAAAAUAAACACCAAAUCGGGCACAGAGCGAACGGAGGAUAAAAGCAAAUCAGCCGAUGAGGCCACCGAGGGGCCCGAAGCCGUAGUGAGGAUUUUGUGGCAUGGAUUUGAAGAUAUCAAAGAUGUCAUUGAGUACGACACCAGGAGUGGAAACACACACAUCGCAAAAGUGUGGGUUCCUGAAAAGUUAAGAAAGAAUAUGAAUAUUAACAUAUCUUCCGCUGUAAGAAUCAAAUCAAUCGAGUCAUAUCCAAAGAUCCCUUCUUCUAUUACACUGCAACCAAGGCAGUGCUUGGACAAAAACAUCCCUUUAGAGGAUAUAAAAUCUGCAUUCAGUACAUGGCUACAGACAUCCGGUACACUAUCAUCACCUUGGGUGUCAGGGAAAACUGGCCAUGCACCGUUUUCUGUCAGUGGAGACGUGGCAGAAUUCUCGUUUGAAUGCCAUGAUUCUUCAGAGGAUACAAGCCAGGAUCAUAUCUAUAUGCUAUGUCCUCACUUCCUACAGAAGACUAAAAUUCAUGUCAAUAUGGAAUUUGUGCCAUCAGAGGGUCCCCCCACACCUUUACAGGUUGAUCAAAAUCUCCCCUACCUGCCGAUCAAGUACUUGGGAGGUGUUGAUGUCUUAGCGACAUCCUGCUAUGAGCAUAUUGUUCAUUGUCUUAUGGGGCGUCCGUUGUCCAGACAACUCGUCUCCACAGCGUCGGGACUCCGCAGCGGAGCCAUCCUCCUGUCUGGACCAAAGGGUUGCGGGAAGUCCACUAUAGCAAACGCCUUAUGUAAAGAGGCAUCUGACAGCAUGGAAGCUCACGUGGAAGAAAUCAGCUGCAAACUAUUAAAGGGAAAGACGCUGGAAAGCUUAUGCCAGACUCUGGAAGAAGGAUUUGCGGAGGCUUCCUGGAGGCAGCCAGCUGUUCUACUGCUGGAUGAUCUGGAUCAAAUUGCUGGUGUCCCAGCCACACCGGAACUUGAGCACAGCCCAGAAGCUGCCCAGAGCAAGCAAAUUUCAUACGUUCUGAAAGAUCUCAUGAAGGAAAUUAUUACCAUGGACACCCAGAUUGCAGUUAUUGCUACGAGCAAGUCUGAGCACUCUCUCAAUCCGGUCCUCAUUUCUACUCAAGGAGUCCAUAUUUUCCAGUGCCUUAAGCCCAUCCAACCGCCAGCUCAGAAAGAAAGAUCUGAGAUGAUACAUCGCAUUAUAGAAAACAGACUCGCACGUGAUAUCACUGAGUUUAAAGACUUAAAUCUCCAUCACCUUGCUAAAGAAACGGAAGGUUUUGUAGCCAAAGAUUUUGUUAUGCUUGUGGAACGAGCCAUAGAAUCCAGUGUUUCCUCCAGGAAGGUGUACUGCAAACAAGAGUUAGUUCUGUCAGCAUCUGACUUCCAGAAAGCUCUUAAAGGCUUCACGCCCAUAUCACUGAGAAACGCCAAUUUACAUAAGCCAAAGAAGCAUAGCUGGAACAUGGUGGGAGGAUUACACGAUGUACGUCAGGUUCUGAAGGACACCAUUGAAUUACCCGCCAAGUAUCCAGAGUUAUUUGCAAGCCUUCCAAUACGACACAAAUCUGGGGUUCUGCUGUAUGGGGCUCCAGGCACUGGGAAGACUUUGCUGGCCGGUGUUAUUGCUCAUGAAAGUGGGAUGAAUUUCAUCAGCAUUAAGGGACCUGAACUUCUCAGUAAAUAUAUCGGAGCCAGUGAGCAGGCAGUGCGGGAUGUCUUUAUAAGAGCCCAGGCUGCUAAGCCCUGCCUCUUGUUCUUUGACGAGUUUGACUCUAUAGCACCGCGGCGAGGCCAUGAUAAUACAGGUGUUACUGACAGAGUGGUGAACCAGAUGCUGACACAGCUGGAUGGGGUGGAAGGAUUACAAGGAGUUUAUGUUCUGGCAGCCACCAGCCGCCCAGAUUUGAUCGAUCCAGCCCUGCUCAGACCUGGACGCUUGGAUGAGAGUCUGUACUGCCCACCGCCAGACCAGGUGUCUCGAUAUGAAAUCCUUAAAGGUCUCAGCCAUUCCAUGCUGUUAGACGACGAUGUGGACUUCCGGAGUAUUGCCAGUGUGACGGAGAACUUCACUGGAGCGGAUUUGAAAGCCCUAUUGUACAAUGCUCAGCUGGAGGCUAUUCACUCGAGUCUAGCACCAAGCCCGCCACAAGAUAAUGGGUCUGGACAUGACAGUGAUGCUAGUCUAUCAUCAAUGAUAUUCCUGAACCACAGCAGUGCAUCUGAUGAGUCAGGAGGAGAGCCGGACAGUGUUCUAGACCAGUCUCUUACAUCUCUGGAUAUGAUCAAGAUUCCUCCAGAAGAUUUCAAGUCCAACAUAUGGCGACUGUAUUUCGGUAGCUCCAAUGAAUCUGAGCUGGGGAAUGGCAGUUCAGAUCAGACCUGCCACAGCUUAUCUGGAAGCAAUUCCAUUACACAUGAUUUCACUGGCUUGUCUGUAGGAGAAUUAGUGCCUUGCCAACCUCUAGUGUUCAUUACAUCCUCAAAAGAAGACCAACAGGAGUUCUGUCAGAGUCUAAACGCUGAGAUCACUGUUACCAACUACAUGAAUGUGGAGGAAGCUUCUCGCAGCGAAAUAGAAGCUAAGAAGAAAAUGUACAUUAGCCAACAUCACCUUAUAAGUGCACUUGCCAGCACAAGGCCCUCCAUCAGUGCAGGAGACUGGACGUUUUUCAGUCAUCUCUAUGAAAAGUUCCAAAAUCCGAAGAAAUCAAGUGGACAAACCUCCAAAGCUGGACAGAGAGUAACAUUAGCCUAAUACCUGCUACCAUAAUCUAUCCUGCAAAUGAAAUGUCGGAAACUGAAAUGUGUACAAUUCAAACUUAAUAAAUGUUUUUAUUUUU